AUAUAUACCUACAAUAACAUCUGAAAAUAUCUGUGAAAGGGUGACUGAAGUCUGAAAGGUUUUUCACGUUUUACUACAUUCCAUAAACUCGUUCUAGUGUAGAAUGUAAAGACUAAAGCAGUUUAAUUCAAUAGGAGAGAUACACUCAAAACGAACAUCUUUAGGUAAUAUGUGAAAAUACAACAAGCACUAAUUUAUUAACAUGACUGACAACAAUACUUCACGCAACGUCUCUUACGACCAAGUGAAAAUAAUAAUAGAUUUCAUGGGACAACAUAUAGACUUUGCUACUGGCAGUUUACGCUCCUUGGAAGCAAGGCACACUUCCAAAACACUAUGGAAUGAAUUAACUAGGAUGCUAAAUAACUCUCGAUCAGGGACUAAGAAGACUUCCGAUGGUUGGAGUAAGUACUGGAGUGACUUUAAAAACAAACUUAAAAAUAAAGUAACUGUGCUGAAAAAGAAGAAAAGACCUGGAUCCUCAUCAAGUAGAAACAUAAAGCCACUUACAAGGCUGGAGAAGAGGGCCCUGGUUAUAUUGGGCCCACAUUUUGAAAGGAAGAUCUGUAAGGUCCCUACAGACCCUUUUAGCAAUAUUUCAAACUAUCCACCGGAGGUUAAACUAGAGGGUAACAAUGAAAAUGGCCACAAUUCUUUCGGUAACAAUGUGAGUGAAAGUAGCGACAGACAAUCAGAUGAAACUAAUGACAGUGAAGACUCAAACGAGGAAUUUGAUGAUAAUUUAGAUGGAGACAAUGAGCCCAUUCUUCACAGUAUAUACCCAAAAUGGUUGAUAGAAAUAGAGAAAAAACGCGCCGAAGCGGACCUAACUCGAGCAAAAGCUGAGGAACAGAGAGCCAACAUAGCAGCAAAGAAUUCUGAGGCAGCACUGGUCCAGGCGGAGGCUUUGAAGAAGUUAGCCGAUGCUGCAGUCAUACAGGCUGAGGCACUUGCUAAAAUAGCAGGGAUAUUUGAAACUAGGGUACAGGCGCUGAGACAAGAUGUUUUGCCCAUUUGAUUGGACUUAGACCUGAUUGGUAAUACAGAAGUGUCAUAUAACUUAACAGCCUUUACCUGAUUGAAGAUUAAAGAGGACCUUGAAGAAAAGAUGAAUGCUUUUGACAUUCAGGCACUGGAUCUACUUUGACUAUGUUAAUAAUAUCACUUUUUCACACAAGAGUAACAGAGAAAAAUAUUUUAUCUAGGUACUUAAGAAAAUAACUUCUGCUAAUCUGCACUUGGCCAUAAUGGUUGACUAUGGCACCCUUGUGGUUCUGAGAGAGUGCAGGCCAGGUUAGGGCAGACGAUAACUCUGUAUGAGAGAAACUAGAAUACCAUUUUGUACCAUGUCAUAUUGAACAAAACGAGCAAAAACUUAUUUUGUUUGAUGUCAUAUUCCAUAAAAUAAAAUAUGGAAACUGGAGGAACUAACCACUAAUUUCACAGUGUGUGAAAUAUUAAU